GGAGGGGCGGAGCCCCGUGAGCCUGUUUGCUCUGCCACCUGUGCAGACCGCUCCUGAAGGAAGCCCAGAGGCCGCCCUCCCCUCUCGUAGGAGCCUUGGGUGGAGUGGUGGUGGCAGGCCCGAGGAUGGCCCGGGAAGGUCCCGCCGGCUGCUCCUCCGCACGCCCGCCGGCCCCCCCGCCCCCGGAAUGGAGUGAGUCUAUGCACACCCUCUGGGUCGGAGUGGGGGGCCUUCCCGUGCUGGCGUCCAUGACCAAGUCCGCGGACCCCCGCUUCCGCCCCCGCUGGAGGGUGAUCCUGCCGUCGUUCGUGGGCGCCGCCCUCCUCUGGCUGCUGUACGUCCACCGCCCCGCGCCGGGCCGGCCGCCGGCGCCCAGCGCCCCCCACCUGCGGCUCGGCCAGACGCCCGCCGAGCGGUACAAUGACACCUACCCCCUGUCCGCCCCCCAGAGGGCGCCGGGCGGCACCCGGUACCGCAUCGCGCUCAUCGCCGACCUGGACACGGAGUCGAAGGCCAAAGAGGAGAACACCUGGUUCAGUUACCUGAAGAAGGGCCACCUGACCCUGUCCGACAGCGGGGACAAGGUGGCCGUGGAGUGGGACAAAGGCCACAGGGUCCUGGAGUCCCACCUGGCGGAAAAGGGGCGGGGCAUGGAGCUGUCCGACCUGAUCGUCUUCAACGGGAAGCUCUACUCCGUGGACGACCGGACGGGGGUCGUCUACCAGAUCGAGGGCACCAAGGCCGUGCCGUGGGUGAUCCUGCCCGACGGCGACGGGACUGCGGGCAAAGGCUUCAAGGCCGAGUGGCUGGCGGUGAAGGACGAGCAUCUGUACGUGGGCGGCCUGGGCAAGGAGUGGACCACCACCACGGGGGAGGUGGUGAACGAGAACCCGGAGUGGGUGAAGGUGGUGGGCUUCCGGGGCAGCGUGGAGCACGAGAACUGGGUGUCCAGCUACAACGCCCUGCGUGCCGCCGCUGGGAUCCAGCCGCCAGGCUACCUCAUCCACGAGUCCGCCUGCUGGAGCGACACGCUGCAGCGCUGGUUCUUCCUGCCGCGCCGCGCCAGCCACGAGCGCUACAGCGAGUGGGACGACGAGCGCAGGGGCACCAACCUGCUGCUGAGCGCCAGCGCGGACUUCAGGGACGUCUCCCUCCGCCGCAUCGGCGAGGUCGUGCCCACGCACGGCUUCUCCUCCUUCAAGUUCGUGCCCAACACCGACGACCAGGUCAUCGUGGCCCUCAAGUCCGAGGAGGACAGUGGCAACGUCGCCACCUACAUCAUGGCCUUCACGCUGGACGGGCGCAUCCUGCUGCCGGAGACCAAGGUCGGCGGUGUGAAGUUCGAAGGCAUAGAAUUUAUUUAAAUUUAAAACUUAAGACAUCAGACGAGGCCAAGGGUGGACGGUGGAAGCUACUGUGCACCGGGACUCAGGUUUUAUAAAACGCAGAGGGCUGCCCUUUU